AUGGACGAGAGCUCAAAAAAGGGCGUUAAAACGCAGAAAUCUGCUGGAUCGGGAGCAACUCGUUUCGUCGAAUCUCAGAGCUCUACGAAUCGCCCUACCGUGCAACAGGAAGCAAUUAGGGAUUCACAGACGAUUGCGUUGCACGCUACAUCCAGCUCGCACGGUGACAAAGAAACUUCGAGAAAGGACGACGGACCCGCGGAGUUGACUCAACGACUUUCGAGGGCCGAAACCGUUCGACAGGAUGCCAGAAAAUUGAAGACAGCCACGUUGAACAGAAUGGGGAGGAUGUUUAAGCAACGCUCCCAGACACCCGUCGCUGAUAAAACGUCCCGGGAUAUCGACGUUGAUAUUAAUCCGAUUAAAUCUAUGGAAAAUUGCAACGAAGAAGUAACGAAAAAGGAGAAGAGCAACUCUUUAGGCAGAAUGCUAAAGUUAGUAGACAAAGAUGGUUCGCCGAAGAAACUUUUCCAUCCGCGUGCGGGUUCCCUGAGCCGCAUUCUGCGUCGGCAUCCCAAUAACGACGACAACGAGGACAAAAAGAACGCUGAGGACAACACGCCAGGGAUUUUCUCAAGAAUGCUGAACCAGUUGAGAGGACGUCCCCAAAGCGGGAACUCGUCGCUCGAGCCGAAUUUAAAAACGAGGAACAACAAAACGGGUUCCUCGUUACCGCCGAAGGUGCCACUGAACACGAGGGCGCCUAAUCCACCGGUGCCAACGUCUUCCUCGCCGCCGCAGGAGCAGCUCGCCGCGGGAUCGCCUCAGAAAUCGACCGUGUUCGAAUACUCGCUAUAA